GGAUCGAUUCAGCUGCCGCUUCUUUUAUACAUUCAUUUCUUUGAAGUUACGCCAAACUCUUGUAUUCCAUUCUUCUCUCUCCCCUCCGAAUCCCCACUCUUGCUCGCCAAUGGCAAUGGACAUUGAUUUCACAGAGUACAGAUUGAGCCGUGAACUUCGAGGUCACGAAGACGAUGUUCGUGGCAUAUGCGUUUGUGGAAAUGUUGGAAUAGCGACUUCCUCCAGGGACAAAACUGUUAGGUUUUGGCAAUUCGAUCCUUCAGACAGUCGCAAUUAUGCUUCUUCAAAGAUUUUGUUGGGGCAUACUAGCUUUGUGGGACCACUGGCUUGGAUUUCACCCAAUGAGAAGUUUCCAGAAGGUGGGAUUGUGUCGGGUGGGAUGGACACACUUGUUAUUGUUUGGGACCUUAGGACUGGUGAGGCAAUACAGAAGCUAAAGGGUCAUAAGCUGCAAGUUACUGGCAUUGUGCUUGACGAUUCUGAUAUUGUGUCAUCAUCUGUUGAUUGCACGCUAAGAAGAUGGAGAAAUGGUCAAGUUGUUGAAGAAUGGGAGGCUCAUAACAUCGCAAUACAAGCUGUUAUAAAAUUGCCGUCAGGGGAACUUGUCACAGGUUCAAGUGACGCCACACUGAAGCUUUGGAAAGGAAAGACACAUGUACAUACUUUUUCUGGGCAUACAGAUACAGUUCGAGGUUUGGCUGUGAUCCCUGAUCUUGGAAUCCUUUCUGCUUCACAUGAUGGCUCCUUAAGGUUAUGGGCACUUGGUGGUGAAGUUUUAGUAGAGAUGGUUGGUCACACAUCUAUUGUUUAUUCAGUUGAUUCACAUAUUUCUGGGCUAAUAGUCAGUGGCAGUGAGGACUGUUCUGCCAAGAUAUGGAAAGAUGGGGUUUGUAUACAGAGCAUAGAUCAUCCUGGCUGUGUUUGGGAUGCUAAGUUCUUGGAAAAUGGUGACAUUGUCACUGCAUGUUCUGAUGGAGCUGUGCGUAUUUGGACAACACAUAAAGAUAAAAUAGCUGAUCCACAGGAGCUUGAAUCAUUUUCUGCCCAACUUUCUCACUACAAGGGUAGUAGGAAGAAAGUAGGUGGACUGAAACUAGAAGAAUUGCCAGGUCUAGAUGCAUUAAACGUUCCAGGGACUAGCGAUGGUGAGACAAAGGUGAUAAGGGAAGGGGACAAUGGCAUGGCAUAUGGAUGGAAUAUGAGAGAACAAAGAUGGGAUAAGAUUGGUGAAGUAGUUGAUGGGCCUGAUGAUAGCAUGUCACGUACUACUCUUGAUGGGGUUCAGUAUGAUUAUGUGUUUGAUGUUGAUAUUGGAGAUGGUGAACCUAUCCGCAAAUUGCCAUACAACCGAUCAGAUAAUCCUUAUGAUGCAGCUGAUAAAUGGCUUAUCAAGGAGAAUCUUCCUCUUUCAUAUCGCCAACAAAUUGUUGAGUUUAUACAUCAAAAUACUGGACAGAAUAAUUUUAUUCCUGAUCCUAAUUUCCGUGAUCCUUAUACUGGUGCAAGUGCUUACACACCUAGGAAUUCAAGCAGUUUAGCUUCUGUUUCUGCAAAGCCUACUUUCAAGCAUAUUCCUAAGAAAGGAAUGCUCGUCUUUGACAUUGCUCAGUUUGAUGGGAUUCUCAAAAAAAUUUCAGAAUUCAGCUCUUCUCUGCUAUGUGAUCCGGAUAAAAUUACAUUAUCGUUGACUGAUGCCGAAGUGUCGAGACUGGGUACCAUGACUAAAGUUUUAAAGGAUACAUCACAUUACCACAGUACUCGCUUUUCAGAAGAUGACAUUUUGUUGUUGCUGAAAUUGCUCAAAUCCUGGCCGAUUCCAAUGUUAUUUCCAGCUAUAGACUUAUUGAGGAUGACUCUCCUUCAUCCAGAUGGAGCAACCAGACUAUUUAACCUUGUAGAUGUUGAAAAUGACAUACUUAUUGGACUGAUUAGGAGCGUUACUGCAACCCCCGCCUUACCAGCAAAUCUUUUGACAAGCAUCCGUGCUGUGACAAACCUCUUCAAGAGCUCAUGCUGCCACAAUUGGUUGCAGAAGCACCGGUCUGAGAUUCUGGAUGCCUUUUCAAGUUGCUAUUCAUCUUCUAACAAGAACGUGCAGGUGUCAUAUGCAACCCUCAUUCUUAAUUAUGCUGUCCUAUUGGUUGAAAGCAAGGACCAGGAUGGCCAAUCUCAAGUUCUUUCAGCAGCUAUUGGGAUUGCAGAAGAAGAGAAUCUUGAAACAGACUCGAAAUACCGUGCUUUAGUUGCCAUUGGAACAAUGAUGCUUGAAGGCCUCGUACUCAAAAUAGCAUUGGAUUUUGAUGUUGAAAACAUUGCCAAAUUAGCCAAGGCUUCUAAAGAUGCUAAGAUUGCUGAAGUCGGAAAUGACAUCUUGUUGUUAGUAAAACAAACCUAAAAGAAAGAACCGCGAAGGUUGGCCUCUUAUUUGGUUACUUAUGCUGGUACCAUUUUUUUGAUUUAAUCUCUUAUCGUUGUUCACUUCUAAAGAACUUAAAAAAGAUUUUGAGCUCAACAGAAUUCCAUUUGUAGCACUUUUAACUUGGCAGCAAUGAUUUACAAGAUUAUGGUCCGAUAUUCUUCUUUAUUAGCUGCAGAGUGAUGGUUUAUUUAAUGUGUUUUGGUCAGGAUUAUAAAAAGUUGUUUUUAUGGUAGCUUAAAUGUUGAAGAAUGACAUUUUAUAAGCCAAUAUGGCUUAAUAAGUAAGAUAUA